AUGGGUAUUCUCGAUCCAUUCUGCUACGAUUUCAGACAGCAUCAUCUUUAUGGGAUAGCUGUCGCACCAGACUAUACUGAUUUUGAAAAAAAACUCCGUUACAUAUUGAUCAAGUCCAAUACGGAUCCUCCAUCUGCACAAGGCAUCACUUGGACUGUCGUCUCCUCUAUUUUACUAUCAGAAGUAUAUGAUCUCUAUCGACAAAAAGAAGAAGUACAAUGUGUAGUCGAUGAUAAGGGCGUAUUCACAUUAAUUAGUCCGACAGCCUACACAUCAGCAUCGUCAGCUCCAGUGCUAGCUGGGAUCCAGUAUAGCCCUCUAUACCCUCCAUCCCCGGAUGGCAACAAUACCGGUCCUGGUGGAUGGAAGAACAUUGAUUUUCAGCUUCCUUAUAAAUGGAACGAUUUUAGCUCACUCUAUACCACGCUUUAUAUCACAAAAGAUUUGAUUGGUAAAAAUGUGGUUGUUCACACUUGGAUUGGCGCGGUACAGACCCUCCAUUUCGGUACUCUGGAUAAUACUUCACUACGGUUUCAGCAAGGGCCUUCAUGGAUAUUGAAUUCAACACUGUUCGACCCACAACACGCGACCUAUCUUAACGAAAACCUCUUCAUCCUUUCACAUCGCAUGGGACGCACUGGGGUUAAAGAUACAGUGAGUAUUAUUACUGCACCAUUACCGGAUUCGAAUAUCCCCCCUACUGCUCCUAGCCCCAUUCGAGGAUUUGGGCCUUUUAGCAACAUUACGGCAAAUGGUGCUAAUUUCUCACUGGCUCAUCAUCAAAUGGGAGGAUCCUUCGGAGACACCUAUUACUUUGUAUACGAGCAGGGUGGCCCUGAUGAAAGACCAAUGUGGUUGGUCACUAUGAAUAUGGCCAACGUCUCCGAGAUAAAAGAUCCGAAAAGUACAAAAUUCAGUCGCCGUUGGCCCAUAGAUGCCACCACUAAAAGUUUAUUAUGGCAAACCGUUGGGGGAAGCAGUGAAGGGCCAGCGUUUGCACUAGUGCAUACCACGAGCCAAAGAAAUGCCAGUCGCUACUAUGGCUUCAAUUUGAAUGGCCCUUCGAUUGGUCAAUGGUAUAAUGUGACCCAUAGCAUCAACGUCACAGAUUCAUUUGGGAAGGGGAUCGGGCCUACACCUACAGACCUUAUUGCUGUAACCAUCCACCCCUCAGGCAACGUACACUCCACAGGCCCAUCUACAGGUCUAAUUAUCGGAUUGGUUAUUGCUCUUCUAGCAGUCUUAGGAUCCCUUGGCUCCACGGUUUAUUACCGAUGGCGUACUGCCAUUAAUAACAGUGAUGAUAGUCAUAAUAAUCAAAAUGGAAAUCGGUCUCUGUCACAGGCACACAUUCAUGGGCAGCAACAACAAUGA